UGUUGUGGCGACACUCGUCGAACGUGCUCGCUUGCAGAGAUUGAGAUGGCUCCCGGAGCGCGCGCAGCUCAGCAGAGCGCACUUGAGCGGCUCAAAGCGACUCGGGCUGGACAGAAGCGCGAAUUCGACUUUCUGCAGACCAAAGACGCCAAGAUCUACGACGAAGUCGACGAAGACGAGUACCGCAAAGACUACAAGGCUCGCCUCAUCCAGGAAGACUUCAUCGAGGAGGACUCAGAUGACGAGGGGCGCAUGAGAGACGGCCUGCCUCCAUCUGACGAUGCACCACUGGCGCCAAAGUCAAGAAAGGGCAGGACACGUCAGACCAGUGGCUAUGUCGAUAUGGGGCAAGACGAGUGGGAUCACUCUGUCGCGCGGUCGGAUGAUGAGUCAGAGGACGAGGCAAAAGCGAGUAAAAAGGCCAAGGUAAACGGCACGGCGAUGAAUGGCAAGCCUGUCAAAAAGCUUGUCAAUGCCAAUGGCGCUGCGGUCGACACCGCCGCAGCGAAGGCGUCCGUCGUCAAUCCCUACAAAAAGGAGAUCAGCGCGCAGAAGGAAGAAGACUUUAUGAACUCGCUGCUCGCGGGCAUCGCUGCUCCUGCUGCUGCCCGAGCAACCACUGCCCAUGGUCCAAAAGUCGCUCUGAACAAUGGAAUCAAGAAGCGCAAAGCAACCGCUCAGACCAUGAUCAAAGCUGAGCCGGACGUCUUUGGUUCGAGCGAUGCGAUGGAGCUUGAUCCGUGGGCGAAUGAAGCAUCUGCACCGCCAACCAUCCAAUCGGAUGGGAACGAUCUCGAUCUGACAGGUCUUGAUGCCGAGCUCGGCCAAGACUUAACAUUGGACGAGGAUGACGAAAUGACAGUGAAGCCUCUCCAAGCGCGCGAUGCUAAUGCGCCUCCCCGUCCGGCCGGUAAAGCCACCAAACGUCAGCUUGUCAAUGCUUCUUCUGCCAAGCCUGUGCCCAUCGAGCUGCUGAAAGCUACUUCGCCAGCGGCGUCGAAAUCAGCUGUGCCCGUAUCAAACAAGCUGAAAGGCGCCAAUUGGCAAAACGCAACGGCCGGGCUGAAUGUCGUUGAGGCAAUUAACCAACCUGACGACGAUAUUGACCUGCUCAUGACCGGCGCAACCAAGUCGCGCGCCGGCUCGAGCCUCAAAAAGGGCCAAGUGCGCAUCCCAACAGAGCUCAGUUCGAAGAUCAAAGCAUUCGAGAAGGAUGACUCACUUCAUUUCUACUGGCUUGAUUACCAAGAACCGCCCUUCCCUGAGCCAUUACGCUUGAUAGGCAAAGUCUACGAUCACGCGACGCAAUCCUAUGUCUCUUGCUGUCUGUCCAUACACAACAUGAUGCGCAACAUAUUCGCAUUGCCCAAGAUACCCGUGCAAGCUAUAUCAGACGAUUAUGAAGAGACAGAGGAGGAACUGCAGCGCUUGACCAAUGUUGCGGACGAGCUGCAAGCAUUGGCUGUUAGAUCCGGCGUCAAAGCCACACAAUUCGAAUACAAAUUCGUCAAUCGCAAGUAUGCUUUCGAGGACGACUCGGUGCCUCGAGAGAAGACACAAUACGUCAAGGCUAUGUAUCCUUUCACCGAGCCGAUCAUCCAGGAGACCUCCGGACAAUUUUUCAGUCACUUAUUCGGUACAAGAACGAGCGCGUUCGAGCACUUUGCGCUCAAAAGGAAGCUCAAAGGUCCAUGCUGGCUCGAGAUCAAGAAUGCCGAGUUGAGCGAUAUUGCUAUGUCCUGGUGCAAGCUCGAAGUCAUCUGCAAGGAGCCCAAAGACAUCCGACCGCUCGCCGACGUCGAACCGGAUCUUAAGAAUGGCAGCCGCGAACGAACUCGCGAAACUCCACCGCUGACGAUUGUCAGCGUGAGCGCGCGAACCAUCAUGAAUCACACGCUUGAUGUCAAGGAGAUCGUCAGCACGAGUCUCAGGAUAUGGAAGGACUGCAAUAUUGAUGACGUGACACCUAUUGCAAAGCAGCCGUGUUCGGUGAUUACCUGCGUCCGGCCCUUGACCGGUUACAGCUUCCCAGCUGGCUUCGAAACGGCAUGUCGCAAUCAAAGUCCCAAGAUCAUGACCGUUACAGGCGAACACGCCGAGAAGUGGUUGCUCAAUCAGCUCUUGGCGGCACUGCAUCGUCACGAUCCAGAUAUCAUCGUUGGACACGAAUUUGCCGAUCUACUCGAGACCAUUCUGACCCGGCUGAGCAACCUCAAGAUCGAGCAUUUCUCCCGACUGGGACGACUGCGGCAGUCAAAACGUCCUAACGCAAAGCAAGCGCACAUCUCGCUAAUGUCAGGCCGCCUAUUGUGCGACUUGACGAACGAUAGCGCAAAGUCGAUGAUCGCAUCGACGACCUGGAGCCUGACUGAAAUGUGCAAGAAUCAGCUGAAAGUCGAACGAGAGGACAUCGAUCCGGACGAUACGGCAGACUUCUUUGAUGCUACUGCAACAACGCCAGACGCUCUGAUACGAUUCGUACGGCAUUGCGAGGCAGACGCGUACUUCCAGAUGGCUAUUGCUUUUGAGGUGCAGGUGCUUCCGCUCACUCAGCAGCUCACAAACCUCUCUGGUAAUUCCUGGGGACGCACCCUCAGCGGCGGUAGCAGAUCGGAGCGCAACGAAUAUAUUUUGCUGCACGAAUUCCAUCGAUUGAAGUAUAUCGUCCCCGAUAAAUUCAGAGGCAGAGUCGAAGAGGUGAAGGAGAAGUACAUGGGUGGUAAGGUCUUUGAGCCGAAGAAGGGCCUUUGGGACAAGUACAUUAUCGUCAUGGACUUCAAUUCCCUGUAUCCCAGCAUCAUACAGGAGUACAAUAUCGACUUCACGACGGUCGACCGUUCGAAGGACGACGGCGCUAAGGCUGGCGCUGAUAGCAUCCCCGACUUGCCAUCUAGCGAUCUAGAGCAAGGCGUUCUGCCCAAGCUCAUUGCUACCUUGGUGCAGCGCCGACAGCUUGUGAAGACAUUGAUGAAAGAUCGCGACGUCACUCCAGCCCGGUACAUGCAGUACGACAUUCGCCAGAAAGCUCUUAAGCUUACCGCCAACAGUAUGUACGGCUGUCUCGGCUUUGCUGGCUCUCGGUUCUACGCCCGUGCAUUGGCUGCAUUAACGACAUACAAAGGCCGUGAGAUCCUGACGAACACGAAAGAACUUGCCGAAGGUAUUCAGCUCGACGUCAUCUACGGCGACACUGACUCGGUCAUGAUCAAUACGAACGUGACUGAUCUCAAAGAGGCUUUGCUCAUCGCAAGCAACUUCAAAAAGCUCAUCAAUCAGCGAUAUCGUCUGCUCGAAAUCGAUACUGAUGCCGUCUUUACCCGCAUGCUGUUGCUUCAGAAGAAGAAAUAUGCUGCGCUCAAGGUAGAAGACAUGACGACCGGCGCGACUGCACUCGAAGUCAAAGGUCUCGACCAGCGUCGACGAGAGUUCUGCAAGUUGGCUAAGGAAGUCUCUGAGAAUACGCUUCGAUUCAUCAUGUCCGGCGAAUCGACCGAGGUUGUAGUCGAGAAACUGCACGAGUACCUAGCUGCAGUCAGCGAUGAAGUCAGAGCUGGCCUCAAGCCCCUCGAAGAUUUCAUCAUCAACAAGCAGCUCUCAAAGGAGCUUGACGCUUACACAGAGAAAAAUAUGCCUCACGUGGUUGUCGCGCGUCGGCAAAAGGCGAAGGGCUAUUCAGCAAAGGCGAAAGAUGUCGUGGCUUACAUCUUCUGUCUCGGCGAGGACGGAUCGAGCGCCAAGACAGCGCAAGCAGACCGCGCUCGACAUCCAGACGAUUUGAGGCAGAAGGAGGGCAAGGAAGCUUACAAGGUCGACUAUGGCUAUUAUCUUUUCGGCCAGGUACUUCCCGUCGUCGAGCGUCUCUGUGAGCACAUCGAGGGAGCAGACCGGCAGCGGCUUGCACAAUGCUUGGGCAUCGAUCUCGCUCAGCAAAAAGCGCACGGUAUGACUGACGACGUCGAGCGCGAGUUCCACACGCUCGAAUCCCAGAUCUCGGAUGCCGACCGCUUCCGCGACGCCGAUCCGCUUGUGAUGCGAUGCUUAUAUUGCUCGACAGAGGCUCCGUUUGGUGGGCUGGCGAGUAACGGUAACGGCCAGAUUUCGGAUGCUGGCCUAGUCUGUGUCAACGAUGCGUGUGCGAGCGUCCUGCCACCGGCUUCCAUCGCAAUCCAACUCGAGCUCCAGGUCCGCGCUCGCAUCUCUCAAUUCUAUGAAGGUUGGCUGGUUUGCGACGAUCAAGAAUGUGGCAAUCGCACGCGUAUGCUCGCCAUGUACGGCAAACGCUGUUUGCAACUUGGCUGUCGCGGGAUCAUGCACAACGAAUACACUGACUCGCGUCUGUACAAUCAGCUGCUCUACUUUGACACGCUCUUCGAUGGCGAGCGAGCAAGCCGCAAUGCUCCCCUGAAGAAAGACGCAAUCAUGGUAUUGGCUCGCUCGAAUGCUGUCCUGUUUGCAGAGUUGCGCAAGACCCUCGCACGCUACAUGGACAAAUGCGGCCGGCGCUACGUCAACAUGAGCAAUUUGUUCAGUUUCAUCAAGACGUUCUAG